AGGGGCGUAUUCACAGCCGAGCCCAAGGCCGCCCGGACUGGAAUCACACCCUUCGUCGAUAAGAAUAAAACCCGAGAAGACAAAAAAACCUCAGGCUCCUCGCCUUGGCGCCCUCUCUCCUUUCUUCCGCCUCCUCCCUCUUUCCUCCCAAACCCGUUAGAAACCCUAACCGUAGAAAAUGAAAGUGGAGCAGCCUUCUGAUCCUCCAUUGAAUAGCUGUGUUGAUCAACUCGUGGUUCCUGGGGACACCGUUUUGGAUCUCUCCACCAUGUCCAAUCAGACUAUCAAACUGGGCGAAGGAUUGCGUCAGGACAGUGAUAAAAUCUCGGUCAUGAAGGCUGGGAAGCUGAGGCUGUCGAAGCCAAACAAGUAUUGGGUUGAGAGCUCACACAAAAGAUAUGUACCAUGUGUGGAAGAUACAAUUCUUGGUAUUGUUGUUGAUAGUAAGCCAGAUAAUUUUCUGGUUGACAUAAAGGGACCUACUUUGGCAUUUUUGCCCGUACUUGCAUUUGAAGGUGGAACCAGGAGGAACAUACCAAAGUUUGAGGUAGGUACUUUACUUUAUGUCCGAGUGGUCAAAGCUAAUAACAGCAUGAAUCCUGAACUCUCAUGCACUGAUGCUAGUGGAAAAGCUGCUGAGUUUGGUCCUUUGAAAGAUGGUUACAUGUUUGAAACAUCAACUGGACUAGCACGGAUGUUGCUAAGCUCUCCAACUUGUCCAGUUCUUGAGGCUCUCGGCAAGAAGCUGUCAUUCGAGAUAGCUAUUGGGCUAAAUGGCCGUGUCUGGGUGAAUGCUUCCUCUCCUGCCACAACCGUUAUCCUAUCAAAUGCAAUCAUGAAGUCAGAGUUUUUGAGUGGGACUCAGCAAAGAAUAAUGGUGGAGAAACUCAUGCAGAAGCUUCAAUGAUUGGGGCGGAAUGAGAAAUGCAGCAUAUUUAAAUGGAUUACUUAGCUAUUUCUAGUGUGGUUGGAAAUGAGUGUUUGGCAAGCCUGAGGCGUUGUGACUGGACGAAAUUGAGCGCAAUUUGUUCAUCACCAUUUUUUAGGGCAAGGUGCUCUUAGUGUGGAUGGCCAUGUAUCUUCUUGUGAGAUUACCUCUCGAACUUGGAGUCAUCAGUAAAUGAUGGGUUGCAUGGAGUGCUUUUAACCUUUGUACGAUACAACAAUCUGGGCAAUUUCUACAGCCACCACGACUUGUUUAGCACAAUCAAUCAAUGUACGGCGGCGUCGAAAAAUGCAGUCAAUUUAAGCUUCGUGUUCCAUUUUAA